AUGCCACCUGCACAUGCCUGCAAUGCCUGCAAGAGACGAAAAGUCAGCCAUCCCUCAACACGGCGCAGUCAGAGUGUGCGGAGUAUUCCUAUUGAUUCUGGGCAAGAUGACCAUACCUUGGGUGGCACCACGGACUACACGCUCCAGAGCUCGGUGUCCCCUCAAUCGCUACCCCCUCCAGGCGCCGAAUCCGCUCGUCGUGACUCCAGCCACGGACUCGACUUCUACCCCGACCCUGCACAUGUUCACUCAACUCUUCAGGCCACAGCUGGCGCCCUGUUGAGCCCAGAGCCCAUCGCCGACGCGGUCCGCAAAUGUGUUGACUUUUUCGUCCAGUAUCAAUUUCCAAAUACCCCGGUAGUUCAUGAGCCCACGCUCCGUGCUGCCGCUCUCCUCAUCACGGCAGAGCACGUUCCACCAUUUGCAAGCCUCAUCUCCUCAGCCUCGGAUUUCCAUCAGCAAGUAUCAUACUUGCGAAAAUUUACCUUGGCCACAGCACUCUGCGCCUCUGUCAUGUCCGUCUUGCCCGAUCGUCCCCCUUCUCAGCGAGUUCUCUUGGCGGCAUCGUUUUUAUCAGCGUCGAGAGCCAUGCUCAGGAGAUAUGAGGAACAUGACCUCGAGCAUCCAGACUCGACAUCUCUUGUUAUCCGUAUGUGGCAUUCUGCUGCUAUGCAGAACAGCACCGGCAAGGUCGGCACGUCGUACCAUUAUCACGCAGAGGCGGCGUAUCUAGCGCAGCGAAUGAGGCUCUACAACGAGGUGUCCGUGCAGGAGCAUCCCAAACUUGAGGUGCCUUCGCUCCGUGCGAGUUUCUGGCUCUUGUAUCUAGCGGACAAAACCUCGGCUGUUUUGCAAUCACGUCCUCCGAUCCUCAACGAGCAGUUCUUUAAGCGUGAAUUUACUCUACUUGAAAAUGGCCACGAUGACAAUUUCCUACUGGACCCUAGUCGGAAGGUAAACGAAAACAGCCUUGAAUCGCGUCUUCUUGUUGGGUUCCAUCUGAAACGACGCAUCUGGGCUGCUGCUGCCAAUCUGCUCGACGACGUAAGAUCUCUCUCGAGUCGCCAACUGGCCGGCUCGAUACAACCCUUAGACGUGCAACAAGAAAUUUCUCGUUUGAGCGAGUUAUAUUUGGUACUCACGAGUCUUGCGGACGAGUUACCAGCAUGGCUCAGAAAUCCUGACCAUGGUUCCGAUUGGGAGGACGGGCAGGUCACUUCUUACCAGAACAAGUGCUUCUGGACGCAGAGAAGUAAUAUAAUGACCGUGUUUCAUUGCAUAAGGCUCGUUAUUCUACAAGAGUGUAUCGAUAAUGAUUUCCAUGCUCUUGUCGGGCUCAACCGUCAAUCUAUCUCUUGUGCUACCCGGAAGAUUGAGAUUGGAGAGCCCGCGGUCGAGCGAAUUCGUCGUGUUGGGACCAUACUCCUUCACCUCGUUGACAACGCCGAAAACGCCACGAUUGAGAGAGUUGCGCGAUCUCAAUUCGACAACUUGCUGGAUUUGUUGGCACAGCUGGACUCAAAAGCUUCGGAUGAACUUGCUGGCGGGCUGUGA